GCGCCGCGAUCCGCGAGCCCACGCCACUUCUCUCCCCUUCGAUCUUCUCGUUCGUUUCCGGCCGUUUCCGCCUCUGGCCAACCCACCCUGGCGGCGGCAGAGCGGCACGGCACCGCGCACAGGCGCAGCAACCAUCCCGCGGCCCGCGCUCUCCUCCUCCGCCGACCGCCGCGCUCGUAGGCUUAGCGGGAAGGCGGGUUCCAGAGUCUAGUUUCUUCUACAACUCGGUACGAAGCCCUAGGCCACUCGCCAGCUAGCGGCGGCACCAUGACAGGGGUUGUGAGCUGGUACGGGCCGCUGAUCGACCUCUCCGCGGCCGCCAGCCAUGUCGGCGGCUUCGUGCAGCUGCUGGCGUCCGUUCGCCGCGUCCUGCCCCACCAGGAACAAAAUGCUACAACUGGGAGGACAUAUCAUAAAACCAUCAUUGAAGUCGGUGACGAUACAAGGUCCAGCUUCAGUGUGUCUCUGUGGUCCUCCAAGAAUAGUUCGACCAUAAUCGCUGGUGAUGUCUUAUUACUGCAAAAUAUUAGGAUAGUGGAAUUUAGGAAUGGUCUGGAGGGAAGAGCUUCUCAGAUAUCUGCAGUCCAAGUAUUGUUAAACUCUAAGGACUUGAUGAGCCCUGAAGGAAUAGGUGAGCUAAUAACUAGUUGUAAAGUGGGGGAUUCUACAAGAUCAAAGUUAAGAAAAGUGGCAGAGUGGACCCUACACACUAAAUGUGCUCUUAGGGAAAGUUAUCAUGAGUUGCAGGUGAUAUCGAAGAACUGGAAAGCAAAAGAGAAGGAAUCAACAUAUUUCUUGUUGAUAUCAGAACUACUCUCUCAGAGCAAGACAUGUAAUGUGAAUGUUUAUGCAUGUAUUGGCAAGAUUGUUUUAGUAACUUCUCCAACCUCUCACUUCAAGGGGCACUUGUCAGUCAUUGACAAACACUCCUUGAAAGAGCACCAUGAUAUUGUCCGAGAUUUCAUUACUGCCGGAUGCAAGUUAUGUGGUUCACCUCUACAUCAAACAAGUCUUCAUGGGGAAAGCACUUUUGCAAUUGAUUGUCCUAACAACCCAAAGUAUCUACAUGUUCUUGGCCAGAUAUACAAGCCAUUUAUGAUAUAUGUCUGUGACCAAUCUGGACAAGUUCCUUUGCUUGUAAGGAAUAAAGCUGCGGAGAUCUUAUUUUCUAAUAUCAUUGCAGAUGAUGUAUCUGAAUGCUACAACAGCUACCAAUGCAUGCUGUUAGAAACCUAUGAGUCUGGUAACUCGAGCACUUCUGGGAUGAUAGAUGACACUGGCAACAAAGGGAUGGCAAAAAGGAGAAGAAUUGAACAAAAGCCUAAUUUCCAUCUUAUUUGGCUUAUUAUGAUCAGAUGUCUGCUGAACCAAAGAAACAACAGUCCGUUUUGCUUCCAGAUUUCCGUCAACCCUGAGAAGAAUGUCGAGGAUGGACGUUUUGAGUUGGUUUCCUUGACAAUGCCAAUACCGUGAGAUGGUAAUUUUUCAUGCAACACAUGGCUUAGUUUGAAUUUGAAUUGAGUUGAUCUAUUUUAGAAAAAACACUGAAGGCCUUUUUUAAAGAAAAAUUGUUUUAGUUGCUCAUUGCAUCAAUUGAACUCUUGCUGAUCUGCUGGUCUGCACGGCAACAUGGUUAGGUUGACAGAACCAUCAGACUUUGACUACACAGUGUGGACAUGGUUCGACUUAGCAGAAACUGUAACUGGGCCAUUUAAUAGUAAUCGGGCUGUCUGAAACCCAUUUUUCACAAAUACAAGAUGAGACAUGCUGUCAGGAGUAACAUAGAAGCAAGUAGGUGAUGCAGUACGAUGAUGGUAAAGAUCUGAACCAGGAUCAACAUUCAGAAACAGCAAGUAGUUUAUCCCAUUGCUAUACUGUCUGCACCGAAAGCUUUUAUUUUUCAUCACCCCUCUGCAAAGAAGUCCGUGCUGAUGAUGUCAUUGUUACUUAAAUAGCAUCCUGCCUUAUAGUUACCAUGGUUAGCUGCAGCCUGCAGCACUAUCCUUAAACUGAAAAGGCUUGUCCAGCACUGAGCAGGAGGCAGAUAGUAGUGGUUCAAAAAUCUGUUGACAAUUUGACAUGAAGGUUUUUACUCAACCAAUGAGAUGGUUAUGAGGUGUUGUAUGUGCUAAAUUAACAUGGUAAUCCAUCCCUCAUGCUAACAAGACGAUGGAAUUUACAAGCAUUUUAUUUAUCUGCCUUGAGGGUGCAAACUUUUUAAGGCAAAGGAGUUGGCUAGAUCACUCUCUGCUUUUCAUUUGUUGGUACGGUAUACUUCGUCUUUCAACAACUUCCUGGCUCAGUUUUCAGGCUUCUUACAGAAGCAUGCUUUCUAAUAACCAUUUCCCUGCAUCUGAUAUACUCCAGAUAUGCCUGUUUGUUCAUGUUGUUCUAUUUCUUGCCAUUAACUUGCUUAUCACUCUUCCAUGGAAUUCUAUUUUUGGAUUGCUGUUUCUAAAAGCAACGUGAAGAGAAACACAACAUGGUCGUUCAGUUAAUCGAAAACUUAACGCUCUAUCAGUCUAACUGAAGUUUAUCUAGCUGAAUAGUUUUUAGCUGCCAAAACUUGUGUUCUGUUACCCAUUAACAUGCCUAAUAUUGUUAUUGUGCUUUUUAACUCUUGACUUGCUCAUAUGUUGUUCAGAAUUGUUAUCUUAUAUAUUAGCAUUUUUCUCUGAAUAAUCUAGUGUUUCAUUUCUUAUAUGAAAGAAACUUUACUUCAAGGUUUCUUACAUCAAAAGGUGAUAGACAGCUGAGCUUCAAUCAUAAUUAAUGUAAAGUUUUGCUCAACCUCCUUUCAAAGUCAACCUCUUCUUUGCAACGCAACCUAUAAUGAUGCUUUGAGAAGAUCAGUUCUAUGUUCUUUGUUGUAGUAAAGGUCACUAUUAUCUUCAUGCUGCCUACCAGUCGUCACGUUCCCCAUUUAUAUACUAGUACUAGUUGUUGCAGAUUGAUUAAUUUUACGCUAAGCACUGAGCAGAAGAAAGCAACACAAGCAUAUUGCCCCAAGAAAUAUACUUGCUAUACUCGCCAGAGUAUCUUCGACGUAGAAGAAACCUGUAAUCCUUUAAAUCCCAUGGAUGCUCUCAAAUCUUCAGUUACUUCCAAAGGCUUUGGCACUUCAUACUGAACGCAGUGGUAUCUGCAUCGGCUCAUCACCGGCGAAUUCUUAUUAGCUUAACGAUGAACUCUUCAAGCAUGAACAACGCCUUCCCGAUCAAAGGAGCUACGCAAAUUCCUGCAAUUAGUCCUGGCCCUGCAAAUUCGUCAGGAGGAAAUCUCCUAAUACCCAACAUGCCUCCAUGGGCCAAGUGGGUAGUUAGUGCCAUCAUAGUUGCAAUACCUAUUUACAGAAGGAUAAGAACAUCGGAAGAUUAGAGAAGAUGGCAGAGGUGACGAUCGAGGUGGUCGACACGGUGGCAGAGGUGACCGAGAAGGUGGCCGGCGAGAUUGCCGAAGCGUUCCCCGGCAACGAAGGUCUCAAUGAGGCUGCCUCGAAGAUUAAGACGGUUACAGAUGCGAGCAAGGAGGAUGCCGAGAAAGCCGAGGCCCUAAUCCAGAAGAAAACGGCUAAUGAUUUCCCUGGGAUGGAUGGAGCAGGUUGACGAGAUAAAGAAAUAGGCGGAUUCAAUAGUCGAUCCUAUAAUUGACAAUGUGGUCAAGGAUGAAUCUUAGGAAAACAACCCAAGGAGAGGAGACAAAUAAAAUAGCAGCCGAUGAAAAGAAGCAAACACUUGUUAGCAGUAACAGAAGAAACUACAGAGGCAAAAAGACGCGAUUCAUGUCAUUUUGCCUUUUACCUCUCUUGAUAUUUUCUAGUCAUGUGCUUGUACAGUUACUGACUUUCUACGAACCACUAGAAGUCAAAUCUGCUUGCUGCCUAUGAACUUCGCCGACAAACAGUGUUCCUGUACUUACUGUUGUGCUGUAAUUACAAAGGAAUGGUAAUUUGGUAAACUCU